UCCCUGUCCUACCGGGUGUAGUCGGACUACAACAGUGAGCAGUGGCAACCACGUUUGCCACAUCCACCACCACCACGUGGGGUGUGCUGGCUCUGGGUGUGUGCCUGGGCGCGCUCAUCGUCGCGACGGCAGUUGGCAACGCCUUCGUCUGCCUCUCCGUCUGCCUCGUGCGCCGCCUACGGCACCCGUCCAACCAUCUGCUCGUCUCACUGGCAGCCUCAGACCUGUGCGUGGCUCUACUCGUGAUGCCGCCCGCGCUGCACCUCGAGAUCACCGGCCGCCGCUGGGACAUGGGUCCGGCUGCCUGCGACGCGUGGGUGUCCGUGGACGUGGCAUCCUGCACCGCGUCGAUCCUCAACCUGUGCAUGAUCUCCGUCGACCGGUAUCUGGCGAUCACGCGGCCUCUCACCUACGGCGUCCGCCGAACUGCCAGGAGAGCAUGGGCCUGCAUCGGAGCCGUCUGGUUGCUGGCGGGCCUCAUCAGCGUGCCGCCUUUACUGGUCUUGGGAAACGAACAUGGAACGGCGGAGGACCCGAAAUGCCUCGUCUGUCAGAACCUCGCUUACCAAUUGUACGCUACUCUGGGGGCGUUUUAUAUCCCGCUGGUCGUCAUGCUGUCGAUGUAUUGGAGGAUUCACACGGCCGCGAAGAAAGUCGUCGAGGCCGAGCACAGAGCCCGGCCGGGACCCCGGACGAGGAGUCUCAGGGUUGCCGUGAGAGAGCGCAAGGCUUCCAUUACGUUGGGGAUAAUCUUGACGGCCUUCACGGCCUGUUGGCUGCCGUUUUUUGCGUUUGCCCUCGUAAGGCCGCUGGGCGGUGAGCCGCUGCCCGAACUAGCUCACAGCCUCGCCCUUUGGCUGGGCUACGCCAACUCGGCGCUGAACCCCGUAAUCUACGUCACCUUUCACCACGACUUCAGGCGCGCCUUCCGCGAUUUGCUCUGUCUGCGCUGUGGCAGGCGUGGCGGUGGGAAACGAAGAGUGCUGGGCCGAAGCGCUAACGAAGGCACGGGAGCCCUUCUCUGUAUCGGAAAUAAUAACCACGCUUCGUGGGCUUGACGCUGGUGGGAGUCGCCUGGAAGACCCGGCGUCUCCAGCGUCGACGUGCGCGACGGUCGUGCUGCGCAGAAGAAGAGAAACAAGCACGGGAAGAAGUCGCAGAAUGUCGGUGGCGCUUGUGAUGCUUUGUGCCGUGAUGCGAGCCAUGUGUGAGUGAAUGCCUUGGAAGGGAACCACAACUGUGCACCUUAUAAAAGGCGGCUCGAGUGCCGACAGAGUUUUUGCACAAGUUAGCUGUGGGAUGUUCACGUGCUAUUCAACGAAGUGUGAGCGAGAUUCUUUGUUAACAACAGACAGCUAUCAUGCGUGCAAAAUACUUGACUGUAAUAUUUUGUAAUAUAUCAGACAAUGUCCAAAAGUAAAAUUCCAUCGAUUGUGUCGCUGCUUCGCGUCAUCAGUGCUCAUCCGUUUCCUUUUAUGUUUCCUUAUGAUCUUCUACUUGUGCGACCGCAAGAAAUUAGGGUAAGAUAAUUCCUGUGCCACUGUAUGUAUUUCGUGCAUAAUCGUAGGACCCUUAUUGAUCUGUUGUAUAGACGCCGACAAUCGGGCAAACGAGUUAUCUUAGAAUUAACUAUAUCACCUUGUGCCAUGAACAGUGCAGUGCGGACACAGCAUAGCAAUAUGUGUCAAUAAGGUGUGUGUCAUGCUGGUUAACCCCUUUAUAACGAGCUAACUGCUUUGGAAUCGGGCACACAUUUUUGUGAAGUGCACUAGAAAAAUAUUGCCUCAAAGAGCUUAUCACUGUAGUGUUUGUUGACGGUGUAAUGCAUCGCCAAAAUCGUAA